UUUGGAUCGUCGACUGUCAUUCGAAAAACAGUCGACGUACGCUGUGUUGGUGUUUUGUUUCCAGUGCCGACUAUGACACGAUGACAACGAUUUUAUGAAUUAAAACGUGCCAUUUUUGGGUCGGUAUGGCUUUCAAGGAUUUACUAGUGGUGUUUACAUUGAUUUCCUGCACCGAAGCCGCCACCAAAUGCUACAAAUGCACGACGACCAAACCGUCCCUUUACAGCAACGAAACAGUACGUCUCUGUUCCGAAUUCGACUAUUCGGAGAAAUUCAUCGUCGAUUGUCCUUAUUCCACAUUUUGUAUGAAGAGGGAUUUUUCGGCGAAAAUUCCAGUACCGAUAAAUGCAACAGAACGUGAUUGUGCCCAUCAGAAAUUGAUGACGCAAAAUUUCAAAAACGGUUUCUGGCAACCGGAAGUUGUGGUUGAGGAGCCUUACACGGAGGGGUGUUCGGUGGUGGACGAUAAGGGUGUGAGGACGUCGACGACCGUCGAGUGUUAUUGUAAGAGUUAUUUGUGCAACGGUGCUGACAUUUACCAUUUCAAGGCUCUACCGGCUGUGAUAAUAUCAGUUAUGACCUAUUUUUUAUGACGCUUUUUAAUUAUUAUUAUUUUUGCAAAUUGGGAUGUUUAUGUAAAUUUAUGUAAGUGGUGCAAAAAUGUUACCUCACUCUAUUCCAAUAAAAGAUAAUGAAAAACCUUAA